AUGGAUCGGAGCUAUGAGAAACGGCACAGCAAGCACCAUAAAGAAAAACACAAGAAGCGGUCCCAUAAGAAAUACAAGUCACACUCUGGUGGUACUCAUGAACAAUCUUAUGCUACUAUAAACUCUGUUAAGCCUCUGGUGGAGUACUCUGAUGUCAGUUCAGAGGACCUCUCGGCCCCAGAGGCCGGCGAGAUUGAGAGCGAGGCCAGUUCUAUUGGCAGACAUAUCGCCGACGAUCUCGAUAGAACCAGAAAGUCCCAUUCUAUAAGAACUUUUCUCGACAACAAGAUAUCCGUGACGACCACGAGCCGUCGUGCUGCCGAGGAAUACGCACUGACCCGUGAUUCUUCUUCAGCAGUAAGGAAGAGGCGCGCCGAAUAUGAGGAGCCAGUGCCAGAGUUCGAGGACCACAGAUACAAAAAGAAGAAAGACAAGCGUAAAAAAGACAAAAAGAAGCGUAAGAAGAAGUCUAAGCACCAUUCACGAUCAGCAAGCUUAGAGAGCUUGUCUCCAGAUGACAUUGUACCAGUGGUGACACCCAUGCGUGCAGUAACCCCACAACGCUAUACCCAAGUGCCUAUCAGUGAAUGGGAGAAGGGGUCAUCUCCUCUGAGGAAUGGUGGCUCUUGUUCUCCAGUUUCUCCAUCAACACCUCCAUUGAUGCGAGAUAGGCAUGACAUCUCACCGAGGCAUAGGUCCAUGCAUAGAGAGCCAUCACUGCAUAAUAUUAUCCCAUUCUCUCCACAUAGGGAUAGAUCUCCUAUUAUAAGUAUUGACUUGAGCCGGCGAAGGCAGAAAUCCACGACGCCCCAUACGCCUCUAGCGCCGCCAUAUCACGAGACUGUGACGAUAGAUUCAGACAAUGAAGAGUAUGAGCGGUCCAGGCGGGAAUACUGGCACGAGCAGCAUCGUAUGUCCACGGAUGUUAUGGUUAUAUCAGAUUCGCCGGUACACGAGUCCCGGUCGCGCGAGUACAGCCCGCGGCGGCAUCGGCGCCGGAGCCCGAGGCGCCGUCGUAGUCGUGAGCGGGAAAGACAUCGUGACAGGACUCAUCAUCGGUCACACAGCCGCAGUUCACUGAAGCGUCGCCGGUCCACGUCGCGCAGCAGGCGACGUUCGUCCUCUCCGCCGCGACACAGGCCCAGACAUUCUGAUACGUCGAGGGAUAGGCAUAGAAGUAAACAUGAAUCGCCGAGUCCCCCAUCAACGAUGUUACAACGCAAGAUAGAUUUUAAGGAAAAGAUCAGCGACACAAGCCUGUUUGCAGAACUUGUAAAAGAUAAACACAAACGGGCCAAGAAACUACAAGAGAUCUUAGAACAAAAGGAGGAGUCGCAAGGUGCGGCGUCAAGCAACGCUUCCAUGUCCAACAACCCUGACACGUUAACUAUCGAUGAACUGUCUAAUACCACUGCUGACAGUUUAACACAGACCUCCAAAGAAAACGGCGAUAACACCAGCAUAAAGACAGACGUCACUGAUAUUCCUAUGCCCGUGCCACCGCCUUCAGAGGACUCGGAACCACCACCGCCGCAACCAAUAGCGCAACCGCCGCAACCGUCACAACCGCCUCAACCGUCGCAACCGCCUGAGCCGCCAGAACCUCCGCAACCUCCGCAACCAGAAACAACUGAAACCAAACCCACUGCGAAUGGUGACGCUUUGGAGAGUGCCUCUGAGAAACCAUCAACCCCCCAAAAGGCUCAAACACCUCCAACCACCACCAGUACAAGUACACUGCCCCCACCCCCAAAAAUGGGAGGCAGUGUAGUAGAUGGGGUCUUCUUCAACAACCAACAGCCCCCUCCGCCUAAACCCAAGAGCCUCACUAAGCUACCCAUGCCCCCUAAUACACAGGUUGAUGAUCUCAAAACGUUGGCGAAUGACAGUCCAUUAAGUACACCUUCGCCUAGUCCUGUCAAGAAGCCAGAAAAACCAAAGAGGACGGGCAUUAUGAAUUUGCCUAUGCCACCAGUCAUUCCUGGGUCUGAGGAACUUAGUGGUGAUGAAAUGGAUGGUUCCACUCCACCACCAGCCCCAAGACCUACACACACAUCUGGUACUAACGCUGGCAGCGUUACACACCACCAGUAUUCUCAUGUGUUCAGUUCAAGAAAGUCUGGCACAAGUGCAAAUCCUGGUUCAAAACUGAAGAGGCCACGCAUUUUAAAAAGAAGAGGUUCCAAAGUAGUUCCUGUAGUGACACCAACACACCAUGCCAAGGACUGGGGGGAGAAGUGUGUUGAUGGCUUCCAGGUUAUAACUCAAAUUGGUGAGGGCACAUAUGGUCAAGUAUACAAGGCUCGUGAUAAAAACACAGACCAACUAGUAGCACUUAAGAAAGUUAGAUUAGAAAACGAGAAGGAGGGUUUCCCCAUAACGGCUGUCCGAGAGAUCAAGAUCUUGAGACAAUUAAACCAUAAGAAUAUAGUCAAUUUGAGGGAAAUCGUCACUGAUAAGCAGGAUGCUAUGGAUUUUAGAAAAGACAAAGGCUCCUUCUACCUGGUAUUUGAGUAUAUGGACCACGAUUUGAUGGGAUUGUUAGAAUCCAAAAUGGUGGACUUCACCGAGUCUCACAAUGCAUCCAUCAUGCGACAGCUACUGGAUGGACUUGCGUAUUGCCAUCGCAAGAACUUCCUGCAUAGAGACAUCAAGUGCAGUAAUAUAUUGAUGAAUAAUAAAGGAGAAGUAAAGCUUGGAGAUUUUGGUCUGGCUCGGCUCUGGUCGGCUGAAGACAGAGCGCGACCAUACACAAACAAAGUGAUCACACUCUGGUACCGACCACCUGAACUAUUGCUAGGUGAAGAGAGGUAUGGCCCCGCAGUGGACGUGUGGUCCAUGGGAUGCAUAUUGGGAGAAUUGUUUAUUAAACAUCCCAUAUUCCAGGCAAGUGUAGAGAUGAUGCAAUUAGAAGCGAUCUCGCGAGUUUGUGGAACACCCGCUCCUGGUGUAUGGCCGAAUGUUGUUAAACUGCCUCUCUGGCACACCUUGCGUCCAAAGAGGUUCCACAAGAGAUGUGUGAGGGAACAGUUCGCCUUUAUGCCGGCAGCUGCUCUUCAUCUCCUGGACAGGAUGCUGGAGCUCGAUCCUGAUAGGAGGAUCACGGCAGAGGAGGCUUUGAAGAGUGCAUGGUUGAAAAAUAUUGUGCCAGACCAGAUGCCAGCCCCUGAGUUACCGACGUGGCAAGACUGCCACGAGCUUUGGUCUAAACAGAGGAGAAGACAACAAAGGGAACAAGAUAAUACUAAACCUAAGUCGUACAACUUCCAAGAAGAAAACCAAUCCGAUCCCGGCUUCAAAAGCGAUUAUAAAAAUGAAAAUUUCAAACCUGCGGAGACUCAAGAGACUGUUGGACAAGUUAAA